AUGGGACCCAGAAACCAAACAGCUGUUUCAGAAUUUCUUCUCAUGAAAGUGACAGAGGACCUAGAACUGAAGUUAAUCCCUUUCAGCCUGUUCCUGUCCAUGUACCUGGUCACCAUCCUGGGGAACUUGCUCAUCCUCCUGGCUGUCAUCUCUGACUCCCACCUCCACACCCCCAUGUACUUCCUUCUCUUUAAUCUCUCCUUUACUGACAUCUGUUUAACCACAACCACAGUCCCAAAGAUCCUAGCGAACAUCCAAGCUCAGAAUCAGAGUAUCACUUACACAGGCUGCCUCACCUAGAUCUGUCUUGUCUUGGUUUUUGCUGGCUUGGAAAGUUGCUUUCUUGCAGUCAUGGCCUAUGCGCCACUGAGGUACACAGUCCUCAUGAACAUCCAUUUCUGCGGCUUGCUGAUUCUUCUCUCCGUGUUCAUGAGCACUGUGGAUGCCCUGGUUCAGAGUCUGAUGGUAUUGCAGCUGUCCUUCUGCAAAAACGUUGAAAUCCCUUUGUUCUUCUGUGAAGUCGUUCACGUCAUCAAGCUCGCCUGUUCUGACACCCUCAUCAACAACAUCCUCAUAUAUUUUGCAAGUAGCAUAUUUGGUGCAAUUCCUCUCUCUGGAAUUAUAUUCUCUUAUUCUCUUAUAGUCACCUCUGUUCUGAGAAUGCCAUCAGCAAGAGGAAAGUAUAAAGCAUUUUUCACCUGUGGCUCUCGCUCUCACCUCUCUGUUUUUUCCUUGUUCUAUGGGACAGCUUUUGGGGUGUACAUUAGUUCUGCUCUUGCUGAGUCUUCCCGAAUUACUGCUGUGGCUUCAGUGAUGUACAUUGUGGUCCCUCAAAUGAUGAACCCCUUCAUGUACAGCCUGAGAAAUAAGGAGAUGAAGAAAGCCUUGAGGAAACUUAUUGGUAGGCUAUUUCCUUUUUAG